UCUAACACCCGGAAACACACCAGAAAGGGCCACGUUUUUUGCCUUUGAGAAUCGCAGUGGCUGCUCAGCCAAUUCCGUCAGAGGUUACACGCCUGCGGAGUCUGUGUCGUCACGUUUUUGCAAACACAGACACAUUGUUUAAACUCCUCUCCGCCUUAGGUUUUUAUGGCAAUAUUCCCGUCCGACUGAUUUCACGUAGACGAGCGACAACGCAACACCGGAGUGUUUGAUUUAGUCCUGGCCGAUGUAGGCGCAGUACUGGCGGUGGGCACGCUUUAGUCUGCGCGGUAACGUUACGGUGGCUGUCUCUGGGUAGCGCUUACCGGAGCGGUAUGGAGGUUUUGUGGAUGCUACCGCUGCUUGUGGUCCCGGUAUUAUUUUGGACCAGCAGUACGUUUGUCUUUUAUUUCAAAAAGUGUUUCUACGUGGCGUAUAUGAUGUUGCUUGCUAUGGUCGCUAUUCCGAUAUGCAUCCUGAAAUGCGGCGGUAGAGACAUUGAAAACAUGAGGGUCAUCCGCUUCUUGGUUCGCCAUGUGAAGUACUUCCUGGGUCUCCGCAUUGAGGUCAGCGGCUGGGAGCACCUGCAGGCAGAGGGGCCCUUCGUCAUCAUCUCCAACCACCAGUCAUCUCUGGAUGUGCUGGGCCUGAUGGAAGUACUGCCGGACCGCUGUUCCACUAUUGCCAAGAAGGAGCUACUGUGGGCAGGGACUGUGGGCCUGGUCUGCUGGCUGGGCGGGAUCGUCUUCAUCAACCGCAAGAAGACAAGCGACGCCAAGAGCGUCAUGUCCAACACCGCCAAGAUCAUGCUUCGAGACCAGAUUAGUCUGUGGGUGUUUCCCGAGGGAACAAGGAAUCAAAAAGGCGAUAUUUUGCCUUUUAAGAAGGGAGCUUUCCACCUGGCAGUGCAGGCACAGGCGCCCAUUAUUCCUGUUGUGUUUUCCUCCUACAGUAACUUUUAUCUCCGGAAAGAGAAACAGUUCAAGUCAGGGACGAUCACUCUGAAGAUCCUUCCAAAGAUCGAGACGAAGGGCCUGACGUCAGACGACGUGACGCCACUCUGCGAACGGUCGUAUGGUGUGAUGCGCGCUGCCUUCCUGGAGAUCUCCUGCCAGUCUCCUCAGAGCAAUGGACCAUCGAAUCACUGAACACCCCGGUGGCCCUGCCCUCUUUCAUCGCCUCUCUCUCAGCUGGGUUGCGCUGCAGUGGCUCAAGACAUUUGUUGUCUUGCCGAUGGUGGCUUGGUAGCUAUGGCAACCAGAUGCUUCCAGUAUCUUCUCCAGUGUCCAAUGCAUACUCACUCACUCAAACUUUUUUGCGCGUGUGCACAGAUAUACGCACACACACACACACACACACACACACACACACAAACAAACACAAACACUUCAAAUUCAGCUAUACACUCAAAAUGUCUCAUUACUUUCCUCUUUUUGGGAUGUCUGUGAGCUUUGGGCAGUGCAGGGAUGUGGGGUUAACCAAGGGCAAUGACCUUUGACCUUGCGCCUUAGAGACAUUGCGGUCUGUGUCCUGUGCGACUUGGUGCGUGGUUUCAUUUUUUGGUUGGUUGGUUGGAUGUGUGUAACCCCCCGUGAGUGAUGGGUUAAGUUCGGAGUGAAAUGUGGAAGCAUCUCAUAGAUGCGUUUUCCUCCUUGCAUGCCUUCAGACGUCUUUGUCUCUGUCUCUCUCUCUCGCCACCUUUCCCGACCCCUGUCAGCCUGUCGGAUCCCUAACCCCCUCCCCACUCUCCCUUUCCCCGGACACAGCCAGCGUCCUCGCUUUCUUACGUUACGCCUUUUUUUUUAACGUUUUCUUUGUAGACGUCACAUUGUUUAUCAUGAUUUCUGCCAUACCACUGUUCCGAUGACGUGUGCUCCCGAUACCUAAUACCAGCCAAUUAGAAGCUUCUGUCACCCUUCACCUCUUGCCCCAUAAUGGAGAUGUCUACAGAUUAUGAAAUUGGAUCAGAAAGUUCCCUUCUAAACCUCGUUGAUUCCACGCUCAGAAAAAACAGAGCAGGACCUUUCUUGCUCACACUGACAGAUUGUGGGCAAAAGUCCUUGAAAGUUCAUUCCUUUCACUCCCUUUGGGCUCUUUCGAGUCUGCAUGUGAACUCGAAGAGCCUUUUUUUGACCUUUUAUCUUAGUUAUGUUGUAUGUCUGGUUCUGAAAUGUUUUCUUUUUUUAAUUACUUUUUUUUUUUUUUUUGCCUUGGCCCCUCCCCCGCACACACCCUCGUUCGGGAAACGUACCUGCAGCCCUGUCAAGAGGGGGCGUGCGGUGUCGGAUUAUACAAAUUCUACUGCUCCAGAGUACAAGCUUCUCUGCCUGUGCCAUUGUGUGAUACGUGUGUGUGUGUGUGUGUGUGUGUGUGUGUGUGUGUGUGUGUGUGUGUGUGUGUGUGUGUGUGAGAGUAUGUGUGUGUGUGUGUGUGAGAGAGUGUGUGUGUGUGAGAGAGUGAGAUACUGGUUCCACACCGCAGCGCUGUGGGCUGGUUACCGGUCAGUCACCGGAUAGCGAUCGGUUGGCGCAGCUGCAGGAAGGGCAGAGCCUGAUGGAAUCCCAUGCAGUUCAUCCACCUAUCAACUGCGCCAUGCUGCUGAUUUUAUCAUCCAUGAUACAAAGUUAAGGCUUUGAAUUAAUACUGUGUAUAAUUCCCUUGUAAACAUUUAACAGUUCUUUGUUACGCUAUAAUGAAUUCAGUGAAGAAAUAUCUUUCUAACACACAGUGUAAAAUUAUUUCUAAUGGGCAAAUUGUUUAGGGAGGGUUUGUCACGAUAAAAGAAAAAUCACAAGUGUUACUUCCAAUCCGACCUAAAUAAAACGUUCACUUUGAUUAUUAGUGUUGGAAUUUAAAAUGAUAUCCAAAUUCAUUGUGGUAGCCGUUAAAAGCCCUGUUGGAAGGCCCCUUGCACACAGGUGCAGGUCGUCCAGACAGAAACCCUCCCAACCAGCAUCCGCCAGCCAACGUUUCUCUUCCGCUUUUGACACUAGCUUUCGUUUUGUUUUAUUUUGUUUUUCAUUAUGAAUGGCUAAUGUGCUAUUUAUAAGUAAAUGACUGAAACAACUGUACUUGAUAUAUAUUUAAAACACACAUGUAAGUGUCAAAUGUCCUAACAUAGUUUCACUGGAUCUGUUUCAGAAGAGUUUUUGUUUCUUCGUGCUCCUUUUGUAUGUUUCAAUGUGCAGGCGUAAUCCAGAAAGCACAGUUACUACUGAAGUUAAAAACACAAAGCGGUAACCUAACCUACGUACACCAACGCCUCCUGUUUCUAAAACUUAGUACUUAACAUUUAAUAAGCAAAAUAUCCAAGUCCAGUUUAGAGUUGAAUGUCAUAACUGCACCGCUAUUGCAAAAUAUACAAUGGAAUCUGUUGAGACAUGUAGGGUAUAUAUAUAAUAUUAUUAUAUAUUUUAGAACUAAAUAAUUUAAACGCUUAAAGUACAGUUUACAAGAAAUAUGGGUAUUUAUACUUUAUUUAAAAGACAGUCACUGCCUGUGACCCAUAUAACAUACCAACUUGAUUGUAUUAAAUGUUUAAUUCAACAGUUUCGAGUAAAUGUAGAGUUUUAAAGAGUUAGCUACCUAAUCACCACUGACUAAGUUGGAAGCAGACCUUUGGCAUGGUAACCAUGCUUUAACGGUUAACCUUUUAAUUGGACUUUUAAUUAAACCCCACUGUCACUGAUUACAAUUAAUAAGAAUUUGCUGUUAUAGGACUUUUCAUUUUGAAUACUCCAACAUAUGUAUUUUUUUUAUAUAUAUAUUUUUGUUUGCUUGUUCCUGGAAGAAUGUAAGAUGUAGAAGUGUGAUUUCCACCAAAGCUCUCAAUGGUGUAAACUGGUGAUAGUUAUAGAUGCGUUCUAUCCCACUAAACAGAGCAUAUCCUCUUUUGUGUGUGUGGCAUGUGGGGCGUGCUCUGCUGAAGCCACACCCACAUCCACACGUGGCCUGGAAGCACACUGUAAUAUCUGGUAUUAUAUAUAAUUACAUGCGGAGAGCCAGUGAGUCCCAUGCUCACAGAAUCUGGACACAGCUUGUCUAAAGAAUGCCUUGAAAAAGAUUAAAUAAAUAAAGACAAAAAUAAAUGUCCCUUUUUCCUAUGGGAACGGGCUUUUUUCCAUUCUAGUA